AUGAUGAUGAUGAGGGGAGGGAGGGGGAGGGAAGGCGCUGAGCUGAGCCGAUCCCACGUGUGACGGAUCUCGCCGCUUCCCCGGCCCCGUGGCUCGGCCCGGCCCGGCCCGGCAGGGAGGUGGGGGGGGGAGGAGGAGGAGGAGGAGGAAGAGGAGGAGGAGGAGGAGGGAGAUCUCAGGCUCCUCUCCGACCGCGGCUCCCCUCGGAUCUCACUGUGGGGCUGCAUUUCGGGGGGCGGGGGGGCGGGGGGGGCUCAGAGAUGGAGGCAGAUGGGAGCCAGGCCACCUCGGGAAGCCCCAACGACUCGCAGCACGACCCCGGUAAAAUGUUUAUCGGUGGCCUGAGCUGGCAGACCUCACCAGAUAGCCUUAGAGACUAUUUUAGCAAAUUUGGAGAGAUUAGAGAAUGUAUGGUCAUGAGAGAUCCCACCACAAAACGCUCCAGAGGCUUCGGUUUCGUUACGUUUGCCGAUCCAGCAAGUGUAGAUAAAGUAUUAGCUCAGCCCCAUCAUGAGUUAGAUUCCAAGACGAUUGACCCCAAAGUUGCAUUCCCCCGUCGGGCACAGCCCAAGAUGGUCACGAGGACGAAGAAAAUCUUUGUCGGUGGAUUAUCCGCAAACACGGUAGUGGAAGACGUCAAGCAAUACUUUGAGCAGUUUGGCAAGGUAGAGGAUGCUAUGCUGAUGUUCGACAAGACUACUAACCGGCACAGAGGGUUCGGCUUUGUCACUUUUGAGAACGAAGACGUGGUGGAGAAAGUCUGUGAAAUUCAUUUCCAUGAAAUCAAUAAUAAAAUGGUAGAAUGUAAGAAAGCGCAACCUAAAGAAGUGAUGUUCCCGCCCGGGACGAGAGGACGGGCCCGGGGCUUACCUUACACCAUGGAUGCUUUCAUGCUAGGGAUGGGAAUGCUAGGUUACCCAAACUUUGUGGCGACCUACGGCCGAGGCUACCCCGGAUUUGCUCCAAGCUACAGCUACCAGUUCCCAGCCCUAUUACCAUAUUUAAAUGCAAGUUUUCCAGCGGCAGCAGCAGCCGCCUACGGACCGGUCGCGGCGGCUGCGGUGGCGGCAGCAAGAGGAUCAGGUAGGGAGGUGUAUGGAAGAGGCGGCUACACGGCGUAUCCCCAGGCUGCUGGGGCAGUCUUGAAUAGCUACAGUGCUCAACCGAACUUUGGCACGCCCACUUCCCCGGCAGGCUCCAACCCCGCCCGGCCAGGAGGCUUUCCAGGGGCCAACAGCCCGGGGCCCGUCGCCGCCACCCCCGCUGACCUGUACGGCCCCGCCAGCCAGGACUCCGGCGUGGGGAAUUACAUAGGGGCCGCCAGCCCCCAGCCGGGUUCGGGUUUCGGCCACGGAAUCGCGGGACCUUUGAUUGCCACGGCCUUUACAAAUGGAUACCAUUGAACCGUUUCAGGUGCUUUCGUUACCAUCUCACUUGGAGAGCAUACCUGGAUGUCCAGGGAAGACGGGGCGAAGUUUCUAAGGGGUCCUCUGUUUAGGUGAUCCCGUCGGCCAUGGAGAGCCCAUCCCCGCCCCCACCCCUCCACCGGAGAUGGCUCUCUGGACUUUGGUUGUUCUCAGCUCAUCAUCUCAUCGACCUGCUGGACUCAGCUGGACAACAGCUUUUAAAAACGUGUAUAUAAUCCAUGAUUUGGGAUUUUUUGGUUCCCCCCCAACCCCCUUCCCUCAAUGGCUUUCCCCGUCCCCACCCCUUAAAUCUCUUUGAAUCACAUUUGGUAGCGUUUUUGACAUAGUCUGGUAGUGAUGUAGUUUUAAUAUCUAGAUAAGACCUAACCAUAGUAUAACCGUUAUAGUAAGGAUUUCUUUUUCUUAAAAAAAAACAACACUUGGGUUUUUUUGUUUCGUUUUGUUUUUGGGUUGUUUUUGUUUCUGUUGUGACUUAAGGGUUGCGGAGAGGGUAGUUCGAUUCUCCAUCUUUUGGUACCCGGUCCUCAGACCGUCGAACUUUUCAGGUGGAACGCUGACACACACUGAAUGCGCAGUGGAGCGGCGGGGGGGGGGGCACCGGACGGGAGUCUCAGACCCCCGCGACCGUCCCGAAGGCUUGUCGUGACGUCACUCCGUUCACCCGAGUCCAUCUAUUUUCGGCAAUAAGGGAAGGACGCAGCCACCAAGUCAGGGGUGGGGGUGGGAGGGGUGGGGGGAGAGGUCCUCCUUUUUUCUCUAAGUGCUUUUUUUCUGUCAAAAGAGGUGAUAUUCUACAGUUUUUUGCAACUGCGAAGUCUGAAAAAGAAAAAUGCUGUAAAUACAAUUCCAUCAACUACAUAGAAACUAAUUGAGGAAGAGAAAUCAUAAAUAUUUUUGUGAGGCGGCAGUCCCAGGCAGUUCUCUACUCUGCGGAAAAAGGAAAGAAAAAGGAAAAAAAAAGUCAUUCAGUUUUGAAAACUUUUUACAAUCUGGAGCAACCCAGCGGCCGCCCUCCCAGACCUCCCCGGCCAGGCGAGGCUGACGUCACUCAUCCCGGUAGCGCACCUUGGAGCCUUAGGCCGACAGCGACCUGAACAGGUUAGUCAUCUGUGCACGGCUUCAAAUGGAACAACAGUCUAGUCAGGUUUUUAAUUUCCAUAUGAAAAGCGGCUUUCCCCGAGACUUUCAAAGAAGCGACAAUUUUUUUAAACGUUUAAUGUUCUUAAAAGUUCAAAGCACACUGGUUCGCUUGGGGACAGGGGGAGGAGAAACUUGUUUUUUGGAUCAUUAUUUCAAAAAUUCGAUCCAUUUAGCAAUCGAUUUCAGCUCCUCUGAGCAUCCCAGGGAGGGCCUGUGGAAGUUGGCUCCACCCCUGGGAUGGGGGCCACCAUGGGAUGCCUGCGUGGCUGGCCCCGGUGGGGUGAGGGCAUGUCCCCUUGCCCUUUCUCCAUUUCUCCUUUUUAACAAAUUAGGAAAGCAAAACUGGGUUGGUUUUUGUUGGGUUUUGUUUUGUUUUUUUUUUUUUGAAUACCUCAGUGCUACGAGUAUCACCAGAGAGGCGAUGGAAGAUUUUUUUUUUAUUUAUUUGUAGAUGUAAACAGAAUUAAAAAUAAAAAGUAUAAACAUCACUGCACUGUGACUGGUGGGAAAACUGACAAUUUCCUGUUUGCACAUGUUUAAUAUUUGGCUGUUAUAAUAUAUGGGUCCUCGUUGGGGAGAGAUACUUAUGAAGGAUAUUUUUUAAUUUAAUUUUUUUAAUAUUGGUAAAUAGGCCUGCAACAGCGACUAGAAGUACAACUUGGUAGGUGGCAUUUAAAACAUACUGUAGUGUGGAUCUAUUUUUUUUCUUUUUUUAACAUAAUAUCGACGAGUUUUAUUAAUAUUUUUUAAAUUGUUACGUUUAUAAAUUUGGUACUUUAGGUACAGCCAGUAUGAGACACUGAACGCGAUGUUUAUUAUAAAGAGCUGCUGCACUCCUAUUUUUGUAAAAUUUACUAACAAGUAGACUAAUGUAGACAUUCAAUAGACAUGGUAGAGCGAGGCAUCUUCAAACCCAAGGCACCACGAUGCUGAUGGAGAGGGAAAAAAAAAGCGUUUUAUCUUGAUUCUAAUAAAUUUUACAAAGAUCAUAUGCUUUUUUGUUUUUCCAGUGUAAUAUUUUAGGUUCCUUCUUUCAGAACAACCAGGUUAAGUAAAAUGCUGGAUGCUUUUUAAUAUUAAGACUUGAUCGAGUAAUAAAAUAAAACUAGAUGGUUCUGUAAAAAAAUGAAAUAAAAACAAAAACAAA